ACUUCGGCUCUGUACCGUAGUCAGUUGUCGCGCGAACUCUGUCGCGAGAAGUCAACAUCUGCGUAGUGGUGGCCCGGCGCACGACUCCGCAAUGACGCGAGUUUAUCAGCCUACCGAUUAUGUCGUCGAAAAAUCGCGCGUAUCAUCCUUCGAAAAAUAUAAAGAGAUGCACAAAAAAUCCCUCGAGGACCCUGAGGGUUUCUGGUCUGAAAUAGCCAAUGAAUUCUAUUGGCAAACGCCGCCGCAGCCCGGUAACUUCGUGUCCUAUAAUUUCGAUAUAAACAAGGGGAAUGUUUUUGUCAAAUGGAUGGAAGGCGCCGUAACUAACGUUUGUUUCAACCUCCUGGAUCGGAACGUGAGGAAAGGGCAUGGAGAUAAAAUUGCAUAUUAUUGGGAGGGCAACCACCCGGACGACUAUAGCCGCGUGACUUACAAGAAGCUGACGGAGCUGGUGUGUCAGUUCGGGAACGCCCUGCGCGACAGCGGAGUGGGGAAGGGGGAUCGGGUGGCGGUGUACAUGCCCAUGAUUCUGGAGACGGUCGUCUGCAUGUUGGCUUGCGCGAGGAUCGGCGCUGUCCACUCCGUUGUAUUCGCAGGCUUCUCAUCAGAUUCCCUAGCGGAGCGGAUGUCGGACUGCAAUGCUAAGGUCCUGGUCACAGCGGACGGCGCCUGGCGCGGGGAGAAGCUCUUGGUGCUGAAGAAUAUUUGUGACGAAGCUCAGCAGAAAGCCAAACAGAAGUACAACCACAACGUCAACACAUGCAUAGUUGUCUCCCACCUCAACCGGGUGACGCCUUGCGGUCGCUUGCCUGAUGAUAUACGGACAUUGUACAAAUGGAAUGAUGAGAAGGACAUCUGGUGGCACGACCUGGUCGAGGGGCAGUCUACGAUCUGCCCCCCGGAAUGGAUGGCUGCGGAAGACCCUCUGUUUAUGCUCUACACUAGUGGGUCAACGGGAAAACCUAAAGGAGUGCUACACACCACGGCCGGCUAUCUGGUGUAUGCGACGGCGACGUUCCGAUACGUAUUCGACUAUGCGGAGAAAGACAUCUACUGGUGCACUGCCGACGUCGGCUGGAUCACCGGACACACCUACGUCGUCUACUCCCCGUUGGCUAACGCUGCCACUUCUGUUAUCUUCGAAGGCACCCCAUUCUACCCCGACAACGAUCGCUACUGGGCCCUGGUGGACAAGUACAAGGUGACACAGUUUUACACCGCGCCCACUGCCAUCCGAGCGCUGACCAAAUGCGGGGAUGAAUACGUCAAAAUGCAUGAUUUGAAAAGCCUGCGCGUGCUGGGCAGUGUCGGUGAGCCUAUAAACCCGGAGGCGUGGUUGUGGUACUACAACCUGAUCGGCGGCGGCCGGUGCUCCAUCGCUGACACCUUCUGGCAGACGGAGACGGGCGGCCACGUGCUGACCAGCCUGCCCGGGGCCACGCCCAUGAAACCAGGGGCUGCCGGAUUCCCGUUCUUUGGCGUGGAGCCGAGCCUGCUUGAUGAGAACGGGCAGGUGAUCGAAGGGCCGGGCGAGGGCUACUUGGUGUUCGCGCAGCCCUGGCCCGGCAUCAUGCGGACCCUCUUCGGCGACCACCAGCGUUACCAGCAGGUCUACUUCUCCAAAUUCCCCGGCUACUACUGCACGGGCGAUGGUGCAAGAAGAGACGAAGAUGGCUUUUUGUGGGUGACCGGUCGCAUAGACGAUAUGCUCAAUGUAUCUGGGCAUCUGAUGUCCACUGCUGAAGUAGAGGGCGUGCUGACUGAGGAGCCGAGGGUCUCCGAAGCCGCAGUGGUUUCCAAGCCGCAUCCGAUCAAGGGAGAAUCACUGUACUGCUUUGUCAUUCUUAAUGACGGAGCAGUAUUCGACGCAGAUCUAAUAAACAGUCUGAAGAAACUCGUGAGACAAAGGAUUGGAGCGUUCGCUGCCCCAGACGUGAUCCAGUAUGCACCUGGCCUGCCCAAGACCAGGUCCGGGAAGAUCAUGCGGCGGAUACUGAGGAAAGUCGCUAUGGGAGACCACGACAUUGGCGACACGUCCACCCUGGCCGACCCAGGAGUGGUGGAGGAGCUCUUCAAGAGUAGGCCCUAAAGGGCUCUUCACUUCGUUUAUUUAAACAUUCACAUUAGGUUAAAUCCUUGUUUGGUUAUGUUCUGUUACAACAAGAUCCGUCAGCUUCCUAACAGUAGACACAGAGCGCGAUAUCGCGACAAGAAUUAUAGACGUCGCCGACGCGCGACGUUGUUAGUUUUAACUGCUUUUUUAAGUUGUACAAAGUAAUUUUGAUUUAAUUUAUCUAAUAUAACGAGCAGCCUCCUAUAAUUAUAUGUAAGUCAACAAUCACCAUGCUAUUUACCAAUAAGUUAAUUAUAUAUUAAUAAAUGUCGUUAUAUCUAUUAUAUGUGUAAGUACCUAUAAUAGAUGCCUAGUUAGGUACCCUAUAUCUUAAUGUUGAUGGAGUUUACAUCAUUAAUAUUAUUACUAUUUUAUAUGUAGGGCACAAAUGGUAUGACUUGCUAAGCGAAAUGUUAAAUUAAUAGGUAUUAAAUACAAUCUGUUUAUUAUAUUCUAACAAUUUAUUUUUACGUGUUUGUGCAACUUAAAGUAGGUAUGACCCUAUUUUAUUAAAUACGUAUUUAGACAUUUUUUAAUAUAUUUUUUAGAAUAUAUUUUUUUUAUUUGUUUUUUUUUGCUAGUUAUGUAAAUCUAACUGACCAACUAUGGUUCCAAGCAAACGUGUUUGGUAUUGGCCAGAAGUAUAAAAUAGGUGCUUAUAUAUAUUUGUUUAUCAUUCCAAUUAGGUAAUACUUUUUAAAAGCCUAUUUAAUUCCUUCUAGAGUCAUAGCUUUUUGUACCUAAGUAUAUUUAUGUUUUAGUUAUUAAGUCUUAUACUUUGUAUUCCUUUUACAUUUUCAUUUGGUUGUGAUAUUGUUCAAUUUUAGCCUGGUCUAUAGCAAAUUUUGAAAGCGUUUGACAAAAACACAUACCUACCAACGUUGUUUCCGAAACAUGUUUCACAGGACAGAACUCGUUGUCUAGCAUACAAAAUAGCGGAUAGCAGUACAUUGCAUUGUCCCCUCGAACUGUUCGGGCGUAUGUUAGUUUUCCAGCAUGCACGCAAAGCAAAAAUAUUGAUUGACAAAAGUGAAACCUUUCGGUAUGUGUAGUAAUGGCAAAACAAUAAAUUUAACCAUUUGCACGCCGCCGUGCCACCUUUAGGCGUCAUGAAUGUUAAAUGGCACAACAUCUUAGGAGAGCUUACAACUUAAGCUUAAGAAUUCGUUGGCGUUACAGGAUUGUUUCCAAUGGACGCCUAAAGGUGUCUAUAACGUUUAAAGGCUUAAUGUAAACGAUCUUGUGGAAUGUUGAUACGUUUUUGUUUGUUGUGGAGGGCAAAACACUGUCUGUACUACUCGCUUUAGAGUUUUAUAUUGGCGCACAUUUAAAAUGUUAGCAGUUGUAACUGGUAGAAUAUUAUAAUGUGUGAUAUAGAAUAGGAAAAUAUAUAAUGUGUGAUUUUUGAAGGCUUCUGUGCUUUGCGUAGAAGUGAGACAUAUUUAGAGUAUGGAUUUAUGGUAGUUAGUUACGUAUCUUAUUUACGUAGGUUUACAUCAUAGUGUGUGUUGAUGGUGACCAGAGAUCGGAUAUUCUAGUGCAUAUUUACCUUAACUUCGACGUAGUAGUAACAUAGAGUGGAUAAUUCCACCUCUAAAAUAUAAAAUAUUUGUUUUUUACCACGAUUUAAUCAUGAAUUAUUGGAUUUAAUUGACAUGAUAUAUAAUCAGGUGCAAAUUAUUGAUUUCAAGAAUAUUAUUAAAAAUAUAAAAUUUUAAGUGCAGUGCACUGCGAGCUUGUUUUCAGUGCAGUGCAAUGCGGUUUCAGUGCAGGAGGUGAAAUUGACGCAGCUGUGUCGCGACUACACUGGUCUACGAAGGUGGAAACUUCACUCUCAAAGUCGAGCGAUUGGCAUCUGCCCACAAAGUGAACUUCAAUUCGUUUGUGGUUAGGGUGCCGACCCAUAAUCUGAAGAAUUUUAUGAAAGAGGACUUCUGCCCGCAGGCAGUCGUGUUCCGAUGGUUUCGAAGAUAACUGCCAGCUGACCCAGCGCGCUGACACUACGUAUGACCUAGUUCUUAAUAAUAUUUUAUUUAUAUGUUAUUUAUACAUAUGUUAUUUAUAAUAUGGGUCAUUGGCAUUUGUAUGAGGUUUUGUAUACUGUACUUAUGUUAUUACCUGAAAUAAAAUUAUUUAUUAUUAUUAUUAAUCUGACUGAAAGUUAGUGCGGGACUCUAAAAAUGGAAUAAUAUUCUUCAAUAAUUUGCUCCUAAUUAUUUAUCAUUUCAAUAAAAUCAAAUAAUAUUUCAUUAUUUUUAAAUCAGGGUAUAAAAAAAAUAUUUUAUAUUUUAGAGGUGGUAUUAUCACUUUAUGUUACUCUGAUGAUGACACAACUACAUAGCUGCAGCAGUAAUCAAGAUAUAAUCAGAGUGAAAGUAAAUUUAAACACGCAAGGAACCUAGACGUUAUAAAAAAUUGCAUAUUUAUAAAAAAAAUACGUACCUUCUUAGGUUAAUUUGAGCUUAUGUGAUCUAUAUCAGCGAUCUAUGUCAUGAAUGUUCUCAAAUGCACUUUUUUGUGAUGCACAAAUUGUAACUUUAUUAGGUGUUAUAGGUUAAACAAAGUUAUUUGUAAAUACUUACGUAUUUAUUAUUUACAAGUAAACUAAUUACAUAAUUAUGAUUAUGAACACUGAUAACUUUAAGGUUACGUUCAGUUUAUGGCUGAACUCAAAAAUAUUCCCCGUGAGAGUAUACGUCCAAACAUUAAAAAAAUAUUUUCAAUAAAGAUACUGCAAACUGUUGUUCUGUUUUUAUAAAUGUCUAAGAGAGAGAGUGAUGGGGAAGUCUUUGUUUUUGGGCGUAUAGUUACCUACUACUAGUUACCCAAUUUAUAUAUACAUUAGUUAUUGUAUUGUAUGUGCUUUUAAUUAUGUAUUUAAUAAUAUUGAAGUGUGUAUUUGCAAGUGCAUUCGCAGUUGCGGCCGCCAUGUAAAAUUUCCAUUGAGGCUAUAAUUAUUGUAAAUCGGGCACUUCUAUUUCUAUGAGUGUAUGUUGAGGGGGUGAUCGAAAAAGAAGUCUAUUGUUGUGAUUUGGAACGAAAGAGUUCUUUUAUGUUCGCCUUAUUUAACCAUAUGUACUUGCACUUAGUAAAUUCGCGCAUCGAGUCAAAAAUGCAGUUUUUGCCACAAGAUCUAGGUAAGUACUCAAAUAGUUAAGUAACAUAGAUUAUAUACAGAUAGAAUAAACUACGUGCAUUACCAGCAAUAAGAGGUAAAAUACAGUUAUAAGAUUAAAAUAUUAUAUGUGUAACUGUAACUAGUUUUCGCCUAGUGGCUCGCUCAGCGUGCCGCAGGUAGCUACGUGCAUUGCCAGCAAUACAACAUGCAGAAUUAAGAUUAAAUAAAAUAGAUAUAUUAUAAUUUAUUUCACUAGAAAGAUAGGUAUUGGGAUAUGAGUAUGUGAUAUUAUAUGUACUCUCUCUUCCACAGGUAUCUGUGUGUUAGAUAUACUUAGGUAAUGCUUAUUAAAAUGUGCUGUCUGUAUUUUACGUCCAGUUAAAAUUUAUUAUUUUUUAAGAUAAAUGCAAAACCAAGAGAAGCAUAAUGGCAUAUGUUUAACGAAAUCAAUAUUUGAUUUGAUUUGUGUUUUCCUAGUUUUGUUCUCGGAUGUUAAAAAAUCCCAAAAUCUGCUUGCAAAGUCAUUCAAGUACAUAUAAUUUGCGGUAUAUUACGAUUUCACUUUUAUAUAAAAGACAAAAUAAAAAUUUAAAAAUAAUACAGGAAUUAGGUACUAAUACAGGAAUUAGCCAGUGUUGUAAGUAAAAAAGUGUCGAAUCAUGCUUUCUUAGAACUAACUGUGAACAAAUUAGAAAAAGAAAAAAAAAAACUAUGUUAUUUAACUAAUUCUUGAAUGAGAUGUCACUUGUCACUUAGCUACUUAUAUUUUCUGUGAUUUGACCUGGUAACUGGAAAAUAUCUACACAUGUAUCUCGUAAAAUCGUCAUAUUUAAUGACAUUGCUUUGAUAUACUUAGUGAAUCUGUAUAGUUGUUGACGUAGGUGUAGUUAUUGUUUCGAAUUAGAUUGAACCUGUAACGAUAUACUUACCUAUAACUUGCAUUCAGCAUGUUUCAAUGUAUUAUGUACGUAGUUAAUAUAUUAACUAGACUUGGCAUAAUUAAUAUUAAUAUAGCUGUCUGGUGAGACAUUGAAGUCGCCGUGGUAGCAACAGGACUGGUGUACAUUCGAGGGCAAAUAAACUUAAUCACCCGCCUAACUUACUAACCAGGUGUCAAUCUUAUCCGCCUCGACUGUACGUCUCCCUACCUACCAUAGUUUACGAAACGCCAGAUAAUCCAUACUUACUUGUCUGAAUAGUUAAUUUGUCCAUAUAAUGACACCACUAUUUAUAUUGGUACUUGUAGAAAAAUAAGAUAUCUAGCCUAUAUACAGGGUUACUGGUACCUGGGUAUUUUGAUGUACCUACCAACGUAGUCUUUAGGAGGUUUUCCGUUUGAUACUAGUAACCCUGUAUAUAUAUCUACCUAAUGAAGGCUUAAUUAAUGUCGUUGCAUACUUGAUGUAUAAAAAUAUAUUAUGUAUGUUUAUGCUGAAGAUAAAACUAAAUGUUAUCAUACAUCAUGUUUACAAUAUUAAGUAUAUGUUAAUCACUCAUAUAUUUGAUAUAGGACGAUGUUAAUCUGUUAAAUGCAAGUAAAUACUUAACUGUAAAAGAAAGUGUUCAUACAAUUAUGGAAAAAUACCCAGAGUGAAUAGAAAAAAAAAAUAUGGCACGAAAAAUUGUUGCGAACUAUUAUUUGUCAUUUCUCAGAAAUCAAUUAAGACUCGGACUGGGUAAAAAACUAUUGUUACCUACUUAUACAUAUUAUGUAAUGCUAUAAUUUAUAGUAUGUGAAAUGAUAUAAAUUUCGUAUGGUCAAAAUAAUUUUGCUAUAAACAUACUUAUAGAUUGAAAAGCGAGACUAGAGUUUAUUACUAGGGUGAAUUUCACGAGCGUUUUGCAGUCCGCCGCGGGCUCUCAUUAAUGUUUAUUAAAUUGUACCAUACAUAGUAAUCAAUGUAAUUAUUCUACUUUUUAAGUAAGUAAAGUACAAUGUUAAUUUUAUAAAUGUUUAAUUUUAAAAAAGACUAUUCAAAUAAAUGUCGGAUACUACCUAACUACCUACCUAAUGAAACGCUAAACGCGUCCUAACGCUCGUGAAAUUUGUUAUAUUCAAGAAAAUCCAUUUAGCGUAUAAUUUAAAAUUGCGCCUAACCUACUAUAACUGCGAUUCGAGGUCAUAUAAAAUUGUAUUCCUCGAAAAGCACUUCGACCUAAGUAACAACUAUAGGCUGUGAACGGUCAACCCAAGCCGUGACCUCGACUGACUGGAUCACUAAUCGGUACCGUGCAUGUGCGUUUUAAUUAGUGCGCUAAGUGGAAUACCUCCAUUCAAAAUUACGAACUUUUGCCAGAACAUGCCAAGUAUGUAAUGGGGUAGAUAUGUAAGUACCUACCUACUUAUAAUAUCGAAGGGACCUAAAAAAAUUAGGAAGAUGGAAAUAUUUGCGUUUGCUAUUGCAUUUUUAGGGUUAUUGUGGAAAUAAAUUUGUUUCAUUUUACCAUUGUUAAACCUUUAUUUUAUAUCAGAUUGAUGAUAAUAUUUUCCCCAUUUGUAAAAAUCUCGAUUGUGAAUGUAGGAUUGGCAUGCGGGCCUAUCCUACUUGUUGUACCUAUAUCCUGAGAUCGAUCUUUUGAAAUCGAAAGCUUUUGCCAAAAUAUAUAAAAGGUUUUGGUUUGAUGAGGAAUUAUGCGAAGAUGUACUAUUUAUAGAACUAUAUUCAUGUCUAUUUAUUCGGUAGGUAUAUAUAAUUGGUAACACAACGCUAAUGUGUUAAGAAGUUUAAAAUCAAAAUGUUGCUGUCUAGCUACUUGGCUUGAGUACCAUUUCUAAUUCAUAUCUCUACUACCUAUAAGAACUUCAAUGGCAAAUAUGUAGUGUUAAAGUAGAUAGUUGGAACAUAAGCACUAUGUCUAUUAGAUGCACUAAGUGUUCUUCUAUAGAAAAAUUGGCACUACUAAUUGUUAACUUAUGUGUAAUUUAAUUUGUAUUUCGUAAGGGAUCUAAUUGUGAUUGUAUGUCGAACCGAACAUAUCAUUAAACGUGAUUAAAUUAUGAUUAUUAUAUUGAA